AUGAAAAAAGUUGAUCCAUCGGGCGCGAGGGCUGCUUCGCCUCUCGGUGCCGCACCCGACCCCAAGCCUGGGUUGCCCACACGGUCGUCGGCCGCAUCGGUCUCCGGUGAUCCUCUCGGCCUGGAUUACUCUGGUGUUUUUGACAAGCUGACGGCCGUGCUGAAAUGUGUACCGGUGUACGACCAUAUCCCUAAGCCAUGCAGGGAGAAGUUCGCACAUGAUCUGAACGCCUUGCUGACGGCUGUUUGUAAUGACCCUGGUGACCCGGCUCACUGGGUUAGACUCCACUGUUUUGUCCCAUACGUCUUACAGAAGACUUCCAGAGGGGGUCGCCGGGUCAACCAGGGCAAUCUGGUCAACAUGCGUCUAAGCGAAUAUUCAACUAUUGGUCUUGAAACCCUGGUACUGUGCUUUGAUGGGUUCAAUAAUGCCAAAUCACAAAAGCACAACCCCAAUCGGUGGAUCAACGCUGUGUCAUCUUGUAUUGAACAGGGAAACCUGUCCUCGGCUGUCAGACUUGUCUGUUCGCCGGAGGGCUUGGCGGAGAGCUCGCCGGCCACCUUCGAUAAAUUAUGUUCCAUCCACCCAAAAAUUCCGGUGGACAGGCGGUUCUUUCCCGCAUUGACACCAACGGCUGGUUGCGUUUCUCCUGCCGAGGUGCUGAGGGCCGUUAAAUCGUUUAAAAACGGUUCUUCUGGAGGCCUGCAUGGCCUACGACCCCAGCACCUUAAGGAUGUUUUUUCAGGCCCCUUGCCAAUCGACGACACACUGAACUCCUUAACCCAAUUCAUUAAUUUGAUCUUAUCUGGAGCUUGCCCACUCUCCGUCCGCCGUUUGCCCAAAUUGAUGUACUUCCUGCGUACAUCUAAACACAUUGACCCUUCUAAAUUGGGCGAAUUUGACGGAGCCCUGCGCACCGCCCUGUCGUCGAUUUGCAAUGUUCAAGCGCCCGGACGGAUGCACGCUAAUGCCUUGGAGAGCCGGCAGAUGUUUGGCGUGGGAUGUUACGGUCCCUGGCACCCUCGCCGAACGAUACGUAAACCUGACAAGUAA